AACGGGAGGUGAACCGCCGGCUGCAGGCGAUGCUGGUGCAGCAGGGGGCCGACCCCGUGGCGUCGCAGUGGGACUGGGCCACCGAGCGGGGCCCGGCGUCGGCGAGGGCGGACCCGAUGGCCGCGACGUGGCCCGCAAAGGUCCGCAGCAGCGUCAGCGUCGGCUUCCUUCCCGAGCCGCCAGGGACCGCGCCGGUGUCGAUGCGCCGGAGCUCCGCGGCCUUCUCGGACAGCUCCGACCUCGCGAGCGAGGACGGCCUGCACUUCUCCCGGUCCCCGAGCGGGCCCGGGCGGCCCGCCUCGCGCGAGGGCGCCGUGACGGCGAGGUCCUCCCUGGCGCCGCGGGCCUCCGCCAUGGCGUUGCGGCCGCGACGGUCGUCGCUGACCGCGGCGGUGAGGCACAGGGCCACGCUCGGCGGGGAGCAGCAGGUCUCGAGGCUGAGCAGGAUGCUGAGCUGCUUCGGCUUCUUCUGGCGCGACCUCGAGGCCCCGAGCGCCAUCCUGCAGGCGCUCGCGGACGUGGUCUUCCGGACGGCCACCGACAGGCACAUGGUCGUCACGGUGUUCGUGGUGGACCCGUGGCUGCGGUCCAGCCUGGACGAGGAGGGCCAGGGCGACCGCCAGAUGCCCGUGUUCUACCUCGGGCAGGGCAAGGUGGAGCUCACGGCCAUACCGCAGAGCUCCUCCGGGAAGGCGGAGGCCCCCCGCUUUGCCGACCUGUCGGCGCUCCCGUACCGCUCGCGCGCCGCCCUCGCCGCCCCCGUGCCCCGCGCGGGGGCGAGCGCCGGCCGCCCGCUGGCCGUGGUGCAGAUCUCGGGCGACCGGGACUUCGAGCGGCAGCUCUCGGUGCGCCGCCGGUCGUCGAGGACCCCGCCCCCGGUCGAGCAGCGGGACUCCAACUCCUCGCACGUCGGGAAUCAGCAGUCCAUCUCCUCGCAUAUCAGCCACCGCUCCUCCAUCCACGAUGCGCCAGGCGGGGGCCCCUUGGUCCCCGUGCGUCCCGGAGGAGCCUGGCGCCUUCUGCGAUCACCACGCGGGGUGGCUGGCACUGGCCUGCAACGUCGCCGGGGGCCUCCUCGCGCAGGCCGACCGGCUGCACCGGCGCUCGGAGAUGUGCUCGAGGAUGAAGGACUGCCUGGAGAUGGCGGUCAACCUCAACAAGGCGAAGAGCAUCCGCGACUUCGAGCAGCGGAUGAAGCACCUGUUCGGUUUCUUCUUCGACGUGGGCUUCGUUCGCCUCCUCUACUACGACGAGGGCAGCCGGAGGCUAUCCAGCUGCUUGCGGCAACAGAAGUCGAAGGAGCCGAAGCCGCAGUCCAUGGACAAGGGGAUCGUCGGCCACUGCGCGAGAACGCGCCAGUUCCAGCAUGUCGCCGUCAUGGCCAGGCAUCAGUACCUCGAGCCAGGCGCCGAUGGACUCCACCGGGUCGGCAGGACGAUCAACUCGCAGGGGUCCAUGCUCUGUGGGCCGCUCGUGACGGACUCCGACCAGAGCAGAGCGGGUGGCCCGCAGUUCCUCGGUGUCGUGCAGAUCAUGGACCGCAGAGCGCAGAACCUCCUGAGCCGCGAGGCGAAGUCAGGGAAGCGCAAGGAUGUCGGCGACUUCAGCAGCGAGGAGGCCGACGUCUUCCAGCAGCUGCUCCGCACCUGUGCGCAGGCCCUUCUGCGCGUGCUCGUAAUGGAGAAAGAGCUGCUUGAGAAGACCAUGCCCGGGGAGCUGCCAACUCUGCCCAGGGUCCUCUCCCUGUGAGGGUCGAGUAUGGAGGGCAUCGGCUGCAGAAUUGAUUUACCCCAGAAUUAUUUUUCUCUCGAAGCCACGAGAGAGGCUGGGCACUUGUCAGCAGUGGUCUCACCCACCUGAGCGACGAGACAACACGGGGCCCUCUGCGCCGACCUUCGCGCGAAAGCCGCCCGCGCAGGGGCGCGCGUAAUUAUAGCGCCCUCUGCGCCGCGCGGUGCGCCACGUCCAGGCGGCCCGCGUACGCCGCGGCGUGUCAGGUCGCUGUGUUUCUUUCGGCUCGUCGCUCACCGUGAUGCGGCGCGAUCCCCCGACUUGGUAUCAUCUCCCGACCCCGUCUACUCGGACCCCCUUCGGGGGGGUCCUCUGCGUGCGAGGCCGGGCGCCCGUCCGUGGUCUCACCCGCCUGGUCUCACCCGCCUGGUCUCCGCGAGGCCCAGGCCGAUGUCCGCAGCGGUGGUGGUUCGCUCGUGGCUCCUCCCUGUGAUGCUUCGGUAGCCGUUCGUGGGAGUCCUGUGCAUCCUCGUAACUCCGUCUUCGGAGCGCCUUCGCGUGCGCCGGCGGCUGGUGAUCGAUAUGAC